UUCUUUCCAGUUCUGCUCUGUUUUCGUGCUUGAUUUUCGAUUCAUUUGCUGUGGACAUCUAGGAUUCUUACAUCCAAUUUUUCUGUUAUCAAGUCGUAGUCAAGGCGAAGAUCUUUUUGCUUCCUAAACCUUCAUGAGAAUCUAGGGUUUAUCGUAAUCUUGCGGAUUCUUAUCGGUGGUUUUGUCUUUUACUGUUCCAGAAGAUGCUGCCUCUUUCUCUACUGAAGACAUCACAAGGUCAUCCUAUGUUGGUAGAACUGAAGAAUGGGGAGACCUACAAUGGGCAUCUAGUGAAUUGUGACACUUGGAUGAACAUUCAUCUCCGUGAAGUCAUCUGUACCUCAAAAGAUGGAGACAGGUUUUGGCGAAUGCCAGAAUGUUACAUACGGGGGAAUACAAUUAAGUAUCUUCGUGUACCAGAUGAGGUGAUUGAUAAAGUUCAGGAAGAAACCAAGAGCCGAGCAGACAGGAAGCCCCCCGGAGUAGGCCGUGGAAGGGGAAGAGGUAGGGAGGAUGGUGUUGGUGGGAGGCCAGUAAAAGGCAUGGGGCGUAGCCAAGAUGAUGGAGGUGCUAGAGGAGGUCGGGGCAGGGGUGGAAGUGGUGGAAGGAGUGGUGCUAACAGAGGUGGAGGUCGUGGUCGUGGCUGAUACCGAGGAAAAUUUUAAUAGCUAAAAAGUUUGGCGUCUAUAAAGGUGAUCUGCUCCUUGCAUACAAACAAUUAACAAAAAAUUAGUGGAUGUUGGAGUUGGUUGAGAAGAAACACUUUUUACAGGUCUAGAUUAGCAUUUGAAGGUGAGAAAGGGGAAAAAAGGAAAGGUUAAACUUGUUCCCGUGUUGGCUAUUUCAGUUUUCUUUCCAUGUUUUCAAGAUGGUGAGAUUGUAUGGUAGCUAAAAUCUUAAGAGUUGACUGUUUCUUACUUCCUUAUCUUUCCUUGUACAGUUCAGUUUGUUUUUCAAUUUUAUAAUGAUAAAUGCUCUUUGAGGGUUGUUUUAAGAA